CCAUUUGAGUAACAAAACGUGCAAUUUUAGUCGGGUUUGGCCCAAUUACUAAAGUUGAGUACUGAGCACGUUAAUGGCGGCUACUUCUGUCAAUAAGCAAAGAAGAAAAUCAAGAAUGGCGGAAUGAUAGGAAGAAUGACUGGAGGGGUAUUAUCGGAAUGUAUAUUUUGCCAGAUUGCAAAUAGCUCUUCCUCCUCCACCACUCUCCUUCACUCCGAUGAUAAAGUCGUUGCGUUUCCCGAUAUUAAUCCCUCUGCCUUCAGGCAUUACUUGGUAAUUCCAAAACAGCACAUUCCAACUGUCAAAAACCUUCAGAGAAGCCCAGAAGACUUCUCCUUAGUGAGUCACAUGUUAGAUGUGGGAAAGAGCCUAUUACAUAGGGAUGCACCUCAGUCCAAGCAUUACAGAUUUGGCUUCCAUCAGCCUCCAUUCAACAGUGUUGAUCACCUCCACCUCCACUGCUUAGCACUUCCUUAUACUCCAAGCUCGAGGUUUAUAAAAUACGCAUCAUUGGGGCCACUUGGUGGAUUUAUUGAAGUUGAAAAGCUAUUGGAGAGAAUAAAGCCACGAAUUCCUCAUCCCUCUCAAUGUAAUUGUCUGUGAAUCAGUUGGUUUCUAAUUAAAAUUGGCAAAAGUGUAAGUAAUCUGCUAACUAUUCUUCUCAAUAUAUACAUGUGUAAAAUUCUGUCAUUGACCUUGAGAAUGAUCUUGUUACAGAAACUUGACUAUUUAAUUAUAUUUCUUGAUAAAAAAAAAAAAAAUUGGAUGCAAGGCUUUCUUGAA